AUGUUUGAGCAGCGGGUGGAAACUGACCUAAGCCUGGUCAUUUUUCUUCGCUGGACCAAGCUCUCUGGAAAGACCUGGGAGACACUGGACAGCCACAGUGAAAAGGGAUCUGAGAUCAGACAUGAAGAUUUGAACUAUCUACGUUACCAGAUUAAUCAAUGGUAUGAGCAGGCUGGUGACAAUCUCAGAUUAAGCCCGAUCAGGUCCGAACGGCAGGCACAGUAUGCAAAUGUUCAAUACCUACAAGUCGUCUUGUUCGUUCGCAAGAGCCACCUCCUCAAUUUGAUUUAUCGACCUGUACUACAGUUGUCCUCACGCAUUAAUCGCAACCUCGAUAAGGCCAACGCAGGGGUAAGAAUUGCGAAAGAGUCAAUACAGGUCGUCUCUGAGCCAAAUGAGCAUCCUGUUCUGAUUCAAAAGCACGCACUAUUUUUCUAUGGGCUACGAUAUGGUUUUCGAUGUUCCUUCUCUCGGCUGGGAAUAGCCUGA